UGGAGAAGUAAAGAUAUUGAACUGUUUGAUUUAGUAGAAAGACUCAGUAAAGAUUUUUAUACCAUGUUAUCCGUUGAAAAGACUGCAAGCGUGAGUGAGAUUAAACGUGCCUAUAGGAAAUUAUCCAUUCAAUAUCAUCCAGAUAGGAAUAAAGAUGAAAACGCCACACAAGUAUUUCAGGAUGUAAGUUAUUCCUUUAAAAUUAUAUCCAGUUCAAGCGGAAAAUACUAUGAUAGAAUAUUAGAAGAUGGACUUCCUGACUGGAAAGAACCCGUUUACUAUCUCAGAAGAGCCAGAAAGAUGAGCUUUAUUGAAUUUAUUAUUUUCAUGAUUUUUAUUACUACAAUCAGUCAUUGGAUCUAUUUAUGGAGCGAUUACUUUGGCAAGCGA